AUGUAAUUUGGAAUCAAACAUUUUAGUUUAUUUUUUAUUUCAUUCUAAUCACAAUAUAUCUUAAAUUAUACAUAAUCUUAAUAAAAUAUACUUAUGUAUUUAAGACAAUAAACAACCUAAAAUGCAAAUAUUAAUAUAUUUACAAAAAAUAAAUAUUAUAGUUGAAUUCAAAUAAAUAGACAGAAUCCAAUAUGUCCAAAUGACAACUAAAUUGACUGUAAAAACAACAAAACCGAUUAGAUAUAAAUAUUUAAUUAAAGUAAUAUGAUAUAACUAAUAUAAAUUAUACACACAAAUUAUAAAUUAAUUUAAAAUUAAAAAUAAAUAUCAAUUAAUUAUUAUAUUAUAUUUAUUAUAUAAAUAUUUAUGUCCGUGCAUGAGCACGGGAAAAUCAUCUAGUGGUAAGUAAAAGCAAAGAAGGAGAAUGAAUUUUCCAUUUGUCGUAUUUCUGUGUUAAAUGAUAAUAGUCAAGAUAAAUAGUUAAUAUAAAAUCAACACAAUAAUUACACAAGAUUCUCUCCAAGUGUUGACACAUCAGACUUUUAGAGUAUUGAGAGGCUUACAUGUCAUUAACUGAAAAAACUUGUAAAACCAAUCAAAACAUUUCAUUUAUACAACUCAGUAUUUGGUUAAGCUUACAACUUCAUCCCAACGAGGAAUCAAUCCAUUCGACAUCUUCAUAGCUAUCUUUAGCAUAAUCAAAAGUAGAGAGGAGCUGAACCAGAAGCCUCGAGGUCGCUCCGGUACUUGGCUUCUCUUCAACUGCACGUCGUGGCGUCGUCUCUCUAAGCCAAGGACCUCCGUGUAUGUAUCGGUUCAAGCUCUCUUUCAAGUUCUUCGCCUCUGCUCGUUGACACCAAUCACAGCCACCGCGCCUCCUCCCCUCUCCAUCUUCGUCAAUCUCCGUCGUGGCUCGUGCAUAUCCGUGACUGCGCCACCGUCUCCUCCAAGCUUCAGUCGUGGUGGUGGUUGAGCUCGUGCUCCGGCCAGCAGCACCGGUGCUCAGCUCCUCCACGUCUCGGUCGUACUCUGCUCCAGUGAGUCUCGUCGUCGUCGCGUCAAGCCUCGACACCGUCGGAAUCGUCAGGAUCUACAGCUCCGUGAAGCUCGUGAACUCCAAUGGUGAUUUCCCAGUAUUUUGCAAACCAGCUUUGGUCCCUGCCCUCUUGUUAACAUCAAGUUGGACCCAAAACUCCAAAAUGUGCAAUUUAAUCCUUGAAUUUCGCCCCAAACUUCUCAAGUGUGCACUUUAGCCCCUAUUUAUGCAAUUAUGCAUGUAAAUGCAAUAUUAAGACCUAAAUGCAACCUAGAAUUAUUAAAAUGAACUAAAUGAGAUGCUAAAUACUAUUAAGAUCAUGAGUUAUCAUGUGGUUGCUGCAAAGUUCUUUGAUCACAAUUCAUAGUUUAGACUUUUCAUAUUUUCGUAGAGAAAUCAGAUCUGUAUUUGCUUUUGUAGAAUCUGUGUUAUUUGUUUCUGUUUGGGUUUGAGAAGAGUGAUUAAUCUGUUUCUGUUUAUGAUUGAUCUUAUUUCAAUUGAUACUGUUAAGUGUAAGACAAUUUCGAAAUUAACCUGACCUGCUUAGUAUCUGAGUUUUGAUUUGAUCAGUUUCUGACACUGUAAAAGUUUCCUCAAAACUGUUAUGUUUUUAAAAUCAAAAACCUGCAAUGAUUUUGUUUUGUGUAUAUUUUUGAGUGUCUGGCUGGUUUGAUUUUUUGUCUCUGAAGUUAAAUCAUUUAUAAGAGUGAUUAGGAUGUGUUUUUGGAUUUGGAAAAAGAUUUUAAUUUUGACUAAGAAAAGCUGUGAGUUUCUUGUUUUGCUUCUAGCUUUGUGUUCUUAAUUAAGAUUUCAUUGCAAUCUGAUGCGUAAUGUCCAUUAAUCACUGAAAUUAUUAAAAAUUCGGCAUAGACCGUGCUUAGACACUACAAUGCAAAGCACUGUCUACAAUUUCGGCAUAGACAGUGCUUAAUUAAGAUUUCAUUGCAAUCUGAUGCGUAAUUUUAGACCACAAACUGGAAUCUAAAACCCAAAAAAAAAAAAAGAUUUUACACCACCAACUCGAGAGCAAAGGUGCGAAAAAAUUAAUUUGGAAGCUAAUCUAUUAAAAAUUAAUAUCAAAUAAAUAAUUAUUAUACAAUAACCAAAAUAUAAAAAAUACAAUAUAUAUCUAGAUUAUAAAUAUUUAGAUACAAAAAUUAUAUUAAUAUAAUUAUUCAUUUAUAAAAUAAAAAUAUUUGUAAACAAUAAAAUAAAAAAAUAAAAAAAAUUCCGCAGCGGGUAAUUACGUAGUUUUAAAGUAAAAGAUAAAAUAAUAUCCACCUAAGUCUGUAGGGAUAAUCUAUAAAUACGGAAGUAGGGGCGCUGUGACCAAAACCCUUUUUGCCUAUCAAAACAAGUUCAGCGAUGGAUCAGAGCGAGAGCAAUCCUCCUCCAGUGACUCCCAUGUGGUCGGAGCUUUAUCCAGACUUGCUACGUAGUGUUUUCCAAAGAUUGAGUUUCACAAAUCUCAAUCGAGCUAAAUCAGUUUGUAGGUCGUGGAACUCUGUUUUGAGAAGCUGCGUCCCCAAGCAAAAUCAGAUUCCUUGGCUGAUACUCUUCCCUCGAGAGAACCAAACCGAUAGCAACAAUAGCUGUGUUUUAUUCAUUCCAGAGGAUAAAGACAACCUUUACAAGACACGAGAUCUAGGUGCUGAGUUUACACGGAGUUGUUGUAUUGCGAGUUACGGUAGCUGGCUCUUGAUGUUUGGCCACUUUCAGAAUCUCUACAUUAUCAAUCCAUUGACGUUAGAGAGAUUUGAUCUACCACAGUACUCUUCCUUAUCUAAAGUCUUGAUCAGACCACCGCGGCUAGCUUGUCUCUGGGUAGACAAGAUAACCAAAAAUUACCUAGUCGUUUGGAACUUGCAUGACCGUAUGGUUUACACUAGGAAAGGUGAUGGCGGGUGGAGGAGAACCGCCAGCCUUUGUCCCGCUGCUCAAAUUAUCUAUAACAGCAAAGAUCACAAGGUCUACAUUGCUCCAGACCUUUCUUGGAGAGUCUUUGUUUGGGAUUUCUCUGAUGAUAUCCCACGCCAAAAUGGGUAUAUUUUACCUUUUGAUGUCGAGAGAGAUGCCCUUGUCGAUGCCAUUGAUUGGAAUAUGGGUUUUAAAUUCGAUAUAAUGAUUGCAACUUCAGUAUCUGGACAAGUUCUCCUUGUAGCGUGUAUGGUGCAGGAUUCCAGGUGGCAGUUUCGCAUCUACGCGUACGAUCCUCUAACUAAUACACGGGAAAGAGUGAAUGAUUUAGGUGAUGAGGCUCUAAUCUUGGACAUGGGUUUGACUGUUGUUGUAGCCAAAGAUAUCCCCGGGAUUAAGAGAAACUCUAUCUAUUUCAGUGGCUUCAAUAUCGAUCAUCAGAGCAAGGAUCCCGAACAUAUAUUUGUCUAUGAUCUCGGCACCCAAACCACAGAGCGUUUGCCACAAUGGGUUGUCUCCUCAGUAGGCUUCUCUGAUGCUCGAUGGUUCUUCCCGGAUACUAACCAUUAAUUAGACUCGUUUCUAUUUCCAUUGAGGAUUAUUCCCGGAUACCAACCAUUAAUUAGACCUGGUCACCAUUAAUAUGUUGCGUUUCUCCUCUAUAUUCGUGUUAUUCAUAUGUUUUUUUUUGCUAAAACGUUAUUCAUAUGUUUUGUUUUUGCUAAAACGUUAUUCAUAUGUUUGUUUUUUUGUCUUAGAUUUCAUCACACUUCAACUGCUAAAUGUUUCAAUUUUCUUAUUCUGGUACGUACAGUAAUAGUUUAUCCUAUAAAGGUCAGAUUAUCGUGACCAGGUCUACUACAUUCACCAACCGGAAGCUCGACUAGUCUUGAUUUGCUUUCUCAGAAUAAUGUGCAUGCCAUGACUUAGAAGCUUAGAAAAAGAAAAGAGAAAACAGAGGAACAAUUAUUACGAGAAGAGAGAGACAAUAGAGCACAUAGCGGAAGAUUACUACUUUUUUGGAGGUCGAAAACAGAAGAUUAAUUGAUGGUAUUCACUUGAAAGUUGACAGGCGGGGAAGACAUCUUUGCUUCCAACUCCCGACACGCUUGAGCUAGUUACCACGUGAAUUCUAGUGGGCUUUAGAUAUUUUCUAAUAGGCCUUUAGAGCAUCAGCAUCGGGGUCCCUUAAGGCAGGGCCCUUAAGGAAUUUGGGUCGAAAAUAAAUCAAAAAGAAAAGAAAAUGAGUGGAACGGGCCUAAAAUAAGGGAUGAUGGACUCGUCCCGUGAGGCUACGUGUCGGGUCGGGAUUGGGAGAUGAAAUCGUCGCGUUUGUCUGUGUCUUCGCGUCAAUCUCAUUCUGAAACACAAAUGCGAAAUACGAAAUGAAGAAGGCGAUAAGCUUAUCUCCUCAGAUCGAUCUCUCUUUCACCUGAGUUUCUGUCGGCGUGUCUCUUCAAUCGAAAGCCCAACUCACCAACACGCGAGAUCGCAGCUUCCGUUUGCGUUUGAUCCGCAGAUCGAGAUCCCGAGCUCCAUCGACUUCCGUUCGAUUCCGGUCUUCUACGAAGGGUCUCAUCUUCCCCAAAUCGUCUGAAACUCUACCCGAGCUCAAUCCUUAGCCGUUACCGAGGUAUUUUCUUUAACUCCCAUCUGAAAUUGAAAAUUAUAGGGUUUAGGAAUAGUGCAUGCUGAGUAGUGGUAUAGAUUCUAUGUUGUUCGAGAACAAUUGUACAGAUUCUAGGGUUCGCAAAUGUUUCCUAGUUUCGUAUAGAUUUUUAAAGAUUUAAAUUGUUGGAUUGUGUGAUUAUUUUCGAUGUAGCUUGAUUGAUUGUUUUGUAUAGAUUGAACUAUUGUAGUCGUUGUAGCUCGUUUGAUUGUUUCGUAUAGAUUGAACCAUUGUUUUCAUUGUAGCUUGUUUGAUUGUUUCGUUUAGAUUGAACCGUUGAGUUUGGUUGUAGCUUGUUUGAUUGUUUGAGAUCAAAAACUAGCCUCCGUAUUUGUAUGGUUCGAGAAUAAAUGUAUAACAAAUCAGUAACUGAUUUUAGCAACAUGAAAGAGCUGUUUGAUAGUUUAGUUUCGAUGCUUUGGAUCCUAUAACUGGUUUUGUGUCUCCGCGUAGCCAUAGUUCAUAGAUCAAAUAUGUGAAAUCGUUUACGUAAUAGUUCAUAUAAGAAUAAAUGUAGCUUCUACACUUCAUCUUUCAAGUCGUCUCUUGUUUUAUUUUUAAAAAAAAUUCAAUACAAGUGAUGUUGUUACGAUUUAAAACUUGAAUACUAAUUUCAAGUUGUGUGUGGUAGUUGUAUAUUAAAGACACUGACUUUGUUUUCUGCUUAGUUACAUUGUAUACAGUAGGUUUUAAACGAAAUCCGCUUACAUUAAUGAUGUUGUUACGAAAGUUGAUAGCUUUUUUUUGGUGUAAUAAGUUAGGAUUUGACAUUUCUUGUUGGGAGUUCACCAUUAUGAGUUUGUAGACUUCACUUGAGGCUAUAAAAUCUCUUUUCUCUUAUCUCUUUUCUCUUAUCUCUUCUAUCUCAUAACUCUUUCUCCAUUCUAUCUCUUAUCUUACUCUCUUCUAUGGAUCCAAGCAAUCUUCCUAGUCAGUCCGCUAGCUACGUAGGACUGCUUCACAGUCAACAAGGAAGCGUUUAUCAUGAAAACUUCCCUUAUGGAAGUUUUCAUUCUACUGUCAACUUUGCAGAAUCAGAUACAUUUCCGGCUUUCAGUUCUCAACAACCUGAAGACGCACCAGUCGACGCACCAGUAGACGCACAAGUUGCCCGUCCUGUAAGAUGCAAGUGGAACCCUGCAGAUGAUGAGGUGCUGAUCAGUGCGUGGCUCAACACUUCGAAGGAUUCAAUUGUUGCAAAUGAGCAGAGGUCGGGGGCCAGCUGGCUGAAAAGGUAGAUAGCCUUUCCCUUUUACCUGACUAUGACACUGAGGAGAAGCUACGAAACCUACAGAAGAUGGUGGGUGAUUUGGCUAAGGAGAAAUCAAGUAUGAUCAAGGGGUUUGAGUGCUUUGUAAUAGUCAUAGUUGUUCUUGUUGUGGUAAUAGGCUUGGUGGUUAUGUUAGUCUAAUGUUUGAUUGUUUCAAUGUAUGGAUUCCGUUUCUUUGUAAUAGGCAUAGUUUGUAAGCGCAUAGCACAUGACGCUUUUGUUCUCAACAUUCACCUAAAUAUAUAUUUUUUCUUACUUGCUUGAACCCGUAAUUUUCAAGCAAUUUUUUUCACAACAUAGCACAUGACGCUUUUGUUCUCAACAUUCCACAAUUUUGUACGCAUGGUUAUUUCAUUUAUAACCAUAAGUCACAUGUUCAGUUCCUUUGUACCAAUAAGUCACAUGAUCCAUAGCACAUGUUUAUUUAGCUUCCUACCAAUAAGUCACAAGUUGUACUAAAGCAAAAUAAUUCUAUCACGGGAGGUUUGUAGAAACUUCAUCUUUAUCAUAUAAAUAAGUAUUGAGUUUUAUUCUCUCAUUACAAAUGUGCAAAGUCUCAUCUUCUCUUAAAUUUCAAAACAUUUUUUUCCCUUUAAAAAAAUUGUCAAUGGCAUCUUCUUCCCAUUAUCAUUACCACAAAGAUGAUGAUGAUGAAUUAGAUGACAUUUUUGAAGAUUUAUUUGAAAAUUUUGAUUUCAAUCCCACACCAAAAGAGCGAAAAAAACGAGUUUUUAUCGAGAGACACCGGGAGGAAGGCCAUCAGAAGCUCUGGAAUGAUUAUUUUAGCGAAACUCCAACAUACCCGCACAAUUUAUUCCGGCGACGGUUUCGAAUGAACAAGGAAUUAUUCUUGCGUAUUGUGCAUCGUCUCUCUACAGAAGUCGAGUAUUUUCAACCCGGAGUAGAUGCAACCAGAAGAUCGAGUCUAACUCCGCUCCAAAAAUGUACCGCAUCAAUUCGUCAAUUGGCGUAUGGUGGUGGUUCCGACACCGUUGACGAAUAUGUCCGAAUUGGUGAAACAACGGCAAGAAGAUGUUUGCACAAUUUUGCCGCGGAAAUAAUCGACUUGUUUGGCGGUGAAUACCUAAGACGUCCCACACCGGAGGAUCUGCAAAGACUACUUUCUAGUGGAGAACAACGUGGGUUUCCAGGGAUGAUUGGAAGCAUCGACUGUAUGCAUUGGGAGUGGAAGAAUUGUCCCACGGCUUGGAAAGGAAUGUAUUCACGAGGAACCGGAAAACCAACGAUUAUGACCUCUGGAUAUGGCACGCGUUUUUUGGAGAUCCAGGUACUAUGAACGAUCUUAAUAUUCUCGAUCGAUCACCCGUUUUUGAUGACAUUAUUAACGGAAUAGCGCCACAAGUUAACUUCUAUGUUAAUGGUACUCCAUACCAUUAUGCAUAUUAUCUCACGGAUGGUAUUUAUCCAAAAUAGACUACAUUUAUUCAAUCUAUCCGACUACCACAAAGUCAGAAGCAUUCAUUAUUUGCUCAAACCCAAGAAGCUGUGAGAAAAGAUGUCGAGCGUGCCUUCGGUGUCCUACAAGCUAGGUUUGCCGUUGUUAGAAAUCCUUCUAAUAUAUGGGAUAAAGAAAAAAUAGGAAAUAUUAUGAGAGCAUGUAUCAUACUCCAUAAUAUGAUUGUCGAAGAUGAACGAGCAUCAAGAACGAAUUACAACGUUGAGGAAUUUGAAGAUGAAGAUGUGGAAACAUUUUUCGUCAAUAUGCCUUCAACUGUCGGGAGUACACUUGCACGUCGAACGAGUGUUCGGAACAGACAAGUCCAUCAAUAUUUAAAAAAUGAUUUGAUUGAAAAUAUAUGGACUAAAUUUAGAAAUCCUUGAAAUAAUAUAUAAUUUGUAUUUUCUUUCAAUAAUAUCAUUUUCUUAUGUUUUCUAUUUUCUUUAUUAUGAUGUUUGUAUUUUCUUUCAAAAAUGUACUUUUCUUAUGUUUUCAAUUUUAAUAUUACAUUUUUAUUUUUAAUGUUUUAUUUAAAUAUUAUAUAUGUCAUUAUUUAUUAAUUAAAAUAAUAAAUUAAAUUAACUAAGGGACAACAUAAGUCCCACCAAUAAUCAACUAAUUUAGCUAAAUCCCUUACUUUAGUCUCUAAGCAAAAAAUAAUAAUAAAUAAUAGUUAAAGGCCCUAAAAUAAGUCCCACCUAUAAUGAUGCUCUUAUAUCAGUAACUAUCAUAAUGCAAAAGAAUUAACAAAUUAUCACAAUGCAAAAUGAUUACCAAAUUAAUCCAGAGGCUGCCGUUGCUAUAU